AAUCCGUACCUGUCCCCUGCCAUUGCUAAUCAGCAGCAGUUAUGGCAGUUGCACCGCGCCUCGCCGCCGGCCACCGCCCCUCGGUCGCCGCCACCGCACUCUCUUCCAAGUUCUCCGUCUCAAAAGCUACCAAUUGGUUAGUGUUCGAUGUUCCAGCUAAAACCCCCAGAGCUAGAGCAAGGGGCGUGAGCGGAAGGAGGUAUUCCCCAAGCCCUAGGGCGGCAUUGGGCGGACUGCUCGGAGGCAUAUUCGGAGGCGGCGUGGACACCGGAGAGUCGACCAGGCAGCUCUAUGCUAGCACAGUAGCACUCAUCAAUAAGAUGGAGUCUGAGAUUUCGUCUCUCUCCGAUACCGAAUUGAGGGAAAGGACUUCCGUCUUGCAACAGCGCGCCGCACGCUGUGAUUCUUUGGAUUCUCUUUUACCUGAAGCAUUUGCGGUGGUGAGAGAAGCUUCUAAGAGGGUUCUAGGUCUCCGCCCCUUCGAUGUUCAAUUGAUCGGAGGUAUGGUUCUUCACAAAGGAGAAAUUGCUGAAAUGAAAACUGGAGAAGGAAAGACGCUUGUUGCCAUAUUGCCUGCUUUCCUUAAUGCUUUGGCUGGGAAAGGUGUUCAUGUUGUUACUGUUAAUGACUAUUUGGCUAGAAGAGAUUGCGAAUGGGUUGGUCAAGUUCCACGUUUCCUUGGAUUGAAGGUUGGCUUAAUUCAGCAAAAUAUGACAAGCGAACAAAGGAGGGAAAACUAUUUAUGCGACAUCACGUAUGUCACAAACAGUGAACUGGGCUUUGACUACUUAAGAGAUAAUCUUGCCACGAGUGUCGAUGAACUUGUCCUGAGACGUUUUAAUUACUGUGUGAUUGAUGAGGUUGAUUCUAUUCUCAUCGAUGAAGCAAGGACACCUCUCAUCAUAUCAGGUCCAGCAGAAAAACCAAGUGACCGUUACUACAAAGCUGCUAAGAUAGCCUCUGCUUUUGAACGAGAUAUACAUUAUACUGUUGAUGAGAAACAGAAAUCAGUUUUACUUACAGAACAAGGUUAUGCAGAUACUGAGGAAAUUCUGAAUGUAAAAGAUUUAUAUGAUCCAAGAGAGCAGUGGGCAUCAUACAUAUUAAAUGCAAUAAAAGCCAAGGAACUUUUUCUCAGAGAUGUGAACUACAUUAUCAGAGGCAAAGAGGUUCUUAUAGUGGAUGAAUUUACUGGGCGAGUAAUGCAGGGGAGACGCUGGAGUGAUGGACUUCACCAAGCAGUUGAAGCAAAAGAAGGGUUGCCCAUACAAAAUGAAACUGUGACCUUAGCUUCAAUUAGUUACCAAAACUUCUUUCUCCAGUUUCCAAAACUCUGUGGCAUGACUGGUACUGCUGCUACUGAGAGUGCAGAAUUUGAGAGCAUAUACAAACUCAAAGUGACAAUUGUUCCGACAAACAAGCCCAUGAUAAGAAAGGAUGAAUCAGAUGUAGUUUUCAGAGCAACUACAGGAAAAUGGCGUUCUGUUGUGGUGGAGAUAUCUCGGAUGAAUAAAACAGGCCGACCUGUUCUGGUCGGCACUACCAGUGUUGAGCAGAGUGAUGCAUUGUCUAAACAGCUUCGUGAAGCUGGACUUCCACAUGAGGUUCUGAAUGCAAAACCAGAAAAUGUGGAAAGAGAAGCUGAAAUUGUGGCUCAGAGUGGUCGUCUAGGGGCAGUUACCAUUGCAACAAACAUGGCUGGUCGUGGUACUGAUAUAAUACUUGGUGGUAAUGCAGAAUUCAUGGCAAGGUUAAAGUUGCGUGAGAUAUUGAUGCCAAGAGUUGUAAAACCAGCUGAAGGAGUUUUUGUUUCUGUAAAGAAGGCUGUUCCAAAGAAAACAUGGAAGGUUAAUGAGAACCUGUUUCCGUGCACACUUUCCAAGGAGAACACCAAGUUGGCAGAGGAAGCUGUAGAGUUGGCUGUCAAAACCUGGGGCCAAAGGUCAAUAGCUGAGCUUGAAGCAGAAGAGAGACUGUCAUAUUCUUGUGAAAAGGGUCCUGCUCAAGAUGAAGUCAUCUCAAAGCUGCGGGGCGCAUUUCUGGAGAUUGUGAAAGAAUAUAAGAUUUACACGCAGGAAGAAAGGAAGAAGGUUGUAGCAGCCGGUGGGCUUCAUGUUGUAGGUACAGAGCGUCACGAGUCUCGCCGCAUUGAUAAUCAGCUGCGCGGCCGUAGUGGCAGACAGGGUGACCCUGGAAGUUCCCGAUUCUUUCUUAGUCUGGAAGACAACAUCUUUCGCAUAUUUGGUGGAGAUAGGAUUCAGGGUUUGAUGAGAGCUUUUAGAGUUGAAGACCUACCAAUUGAAUCCAAGAUGCUGACAAAAGCACUAGAUGAAGCUCAGAGAAAAGUAGAGAAUUACUUUUUCGACAUUAGAAAACAAUUAUUCGAAUAUGAUGAGGUUUUAAACAGCCAAAGAGAUCGAGUUUAUACUGAGAGGAGACGAGCCUUGGAGUCUGAUGACCUCCAAGCUCUCCUGAUUGAAUAUGCUGAACUAACAAUGGAUGAUAUACUAGAGGCAAAUAUUGGUACUGAUGCUCCUAGAGAAAGCUGGGACUUUGAGAAGCUUAUAUCAAAACUUCAGCAGUAUUGCUUUCUUUUGAAUGAUUUGACCCCGGAGUUGAUGGAAAGUAAAAGCUCCAGCUACGAAGGACUGAGAGAUUAUCUUCACCUUCGUGGGCGUGAGGCAUAUCUUCAGAAACGGGAAAUAGUGGAGAAAGAGGCUCCAGGUUUAAUGAAAGAAGCAGAAAAGUUCCUAGUAUUGACCAACAUUGAUCGAUUAUGGAAGGAGCACUUGCAGGCUAUAAAAUUUGUUCAGCAAGCUGUAAGUUUACGGGGGUAUGCACAGAGGGAUCCACUCAUCGAGUACAAGCUGGAAGGCUACAAUCUCUUCGUAGAUAUGAUGGCUCGAAUAAGAAGGAAUGUCAUAUAUUCUAUUUACCAGUUCCAACCCGUCUUGGUGAAGGAGCAAAAGAAUCGAGAGCGUCAAAGAGAAGGUAAAAUUGAUGCUAAUGGAAAUGGAAAUGGAAAAGUAAGUGACAGUAACAAUCUUGAUUCAGCAACCUCUACCGUAUCAUCUUCAUCAGCUGUUAGUCAGGAGGCAAGCAAGUGAUAACUUCUUCACCAGAAAAUGCCCAUUAGUUGUAAAUAGAUUGUAUUUUUUGAAUUUUGUAAGUUGUAUCACUAUUGUUUAAAUGGAAAUGGAUUUUGAAGUUGUAUGGCUAUCACUA